AUGUUGGGUGUAAAGAGAUUAGUAAGAGAUGAUGAUGAUGAUGAUGAUGGUCAUAGUGAUGACGGUCACGACGAUCAAGAUCAAGAUGUACAACAAAAACAAAAACAACAAGAAAAGAAUGUAUUGCAUAUAGAAAAGAAACAGAAAAAGACAGAUGAUACUACUACUGCUUCAACUACAACUAGUAAGAAGGUUCCCAACGGAGUUGCAACAGAAACCUUUUUAAAACAAAACAACAUUGCAACGGUUACACUUAAAAAGAAGACUGGUGAAAAUAUAAGUAUAAUACUCGAUCUCAAAGAUGAAGAUGAAACUGAUCAACAUCAUCAUCUCAAGUCAUUGAAAAUUGGAUCAUUAUUAAAGAAACCAUUGGCAGAAUUGGAAGAGGAAUUAUUAGAAAAGGCAUUUAAACCGGUCAAGAAACCAACCAAUAUUACAAGAUACGUUUCAAAUGAACAAGCUAGAUUAUGGGUUGAUAAAUAUGCUCCUGCUUCAUUCCAUGAUUUAAUUAGUGAUGAUAAAAUGAACAAAGAUAUAUUAUUUUGGUUAAAACAAUGGGAUCAAUUAGUAUUUCGUCGAAAAGUACCAGAUAAAUCUAAAACUGGUAAUAAUAAUACUUAUGGUUUCAACAACAAUGGUAAUAAUAAUCCACAUUUUAUACAAAAGAAUAAUUAUACAAACAAUUAUUCAAAUAACAAUUCAUCAUUUGGUAAUGUUGUUGUUCAACAACCAUUGGAUGAUGGAUCAAAUGGACCUGCUCAAAAGGUUAUUUUAUUGACUGGUGGACCUGGUAUUGGAAAGACAACGUUGGCAAAGAUAUUGGCCAAACAGGCUGGAUACGAUAUUCAAGAGAUCAAUGCUAGUGACGAUCGUUCAGGUGAGGAAUUUGACAGUUUGUUUUGGGGUGCAUUGGAUACACAGUCUGUCUUUGGUUCAAAGAAACCAAAGUGUCUAAUCAUUGAUGAAAUUGAUGGUAUCUCUGGUCGUGAGAAUGGUCCUAUCGAAAUGAUCCUUAAAUUAAUUUCAAAUGAUAAAAGAUCAAGAAAAUCACCAUCAACUUUUAAAGGCAAAGAGAAUGAUGACAAUAUUAGUGAUAAUAGUGAUGAUGAAGUAGAAGAAGAAAAGAAUAUUAAUACAAAGUCAACAACAACAACAACUAAAAAGCAACAAAAAAAACAUUAUCCAAAAAUUAAUAGACCAAUUAUUUGUAUAUGUAAUGAUCAAUUUGCAAAAUCACUUCGUAAACUUCGUCAAGAGGUUUUAAUAUUCAAUUUUGCCAAACCAAAGCAAUCUAAACUGUUGGCAAGAUUAAAGGAAAUUUGUGAAUUAGAAAAUUUAAAAACAGAUGAUCAAACUUUAUUAAUGCUGAUUGAAAAAACAAAUUAUGAUAUUAGAUCUUGUUUAAAUCAUUUACAUUUAUUUAAAACAACAAGUCAAGUUAAUAUAUUACAAGAUAAAGGAACUAUAAUUGGACAAAAAGAUAUUGAAAAGGGAUUCUUGGAUACUAUUAAAAACCUUUUUACAACUGGAAAGAAUCUAAAGAGUGCAAGUAACAAUAAGAAGAUUCAAAUCGAUCAAGAAUAUUUUAGAGAAUUGGAUGAUGAACUUCAAUCUUCAACUCAAUUGGAUAAAAUAAUUGGUGCGCUUUAUGAAAACUUUCCUUCCAAUAUGAAAAAUGAUUUUAAUAUUGAUAAGUCAAUUGAAUGUUUAGAAUGGUUAAGUUAUUCAGAUAUUAUUUAUGAUGAGAAAUAUCAAUCAGUGGCACCAUUGGCAGUACAUUCAUUGUGUAAUACAGUGGCACCAAAGGUGGCAUAUCCACAAGCAGACUAUCAAUGUUUUCUUAAAAAAGAGAAAACACUUCACACCAUUGAUUCUUUUAUUGGAACCGAUGCCAACAAGUUUUCUUCAGUCACUAAAACCAACUUUGUCAAGGAUUUUGUAUCACCAUUUAUCGAUAUUAUCUCAAUUCCCAUUCGAUUGGUCAAUCCACAACUCUAUAAUCUCAAAGAAAAGGCAGUCCUCAAUAAUCUUAUACAAAUCAUGAAAUAUUUUAAUAUUACCUAUAAACAUGAUACAACUACUGAUACAUUACAAUUAAAUCCACCAAUUGAUAUAAUAACACAAUAUUAUAAUGGAAAAGAUUUGAUAAAGAACAAUGAUAGAAUAUACUUGUCAAGGAAUCAAAAACAAAUUGUUCAAACUGCAUUUGCUCAAUUUAAAUUGACUGUAACCAAAAAACAAGAAGAAAAGAGAAAAGAACAAGAGAAAAAGAAAAUUGAUGAAUUUAAAGUACCAAUUGCUUUACCAAAAAUUGAUAUGUUUGCACCAAAUGAAAAAAGUAAACAAGAAGAAAAAACAAUUGUUAAUGUUAUUAGAUAUAAAUAUCAAGAUGGAUUUACAACGGCCGUUAAAAAGGUUACACUUAUGAAAGAUUUUAUUUAA